GGCAAACUCUCUACAGCGAGUCUCAUUGUAAUUAUAUCAAGAUGUCUUAUGUUUGUGUGUAGUGAAUGCCCAUUUGCCAAGAUGAAUUUGCCACUAAAAUGGAUUAAAAACAGAAAAUACUAAGUACCAGGACGAAGAUGGUAGGAAGAGGGUGGUGGUUGCUGGUGUGGACACUGUGCGCUGCUUGGACGGUGUGCGUUGUGCAUGGAGGGUCAGUGUGCCAGCAGGGGCAGGAGUUUUACAACAGUCAGCAGGGGAAGUGUGUGCCAUGUACACGCUGUCAUGGUCCCCUGGUGGUUGCAGUGCCUUGUUAUGUGUACCAGGAUGCUGUUUGUGCUCCGGCGACUCACUUCAUCCCAACCUGGUCAAGGCACAAUGGACCCCAAGCCCCCAUCACCCUCUCCACACCCACCACCCUACAAAACCAAACAAAAGAGGAACGUGGUCAUGGAAAACGGAUUCCAAAGCUUUCCGGUGGUAGUCACAGUCCAUCAGAUAGCAAAAAGUCUGGUCAUCACGGGAGCACAACUAACAAAGAUAGUAAUGCCACCUCACAUAAAAGUAACCACAAAAGGCAGAACAGUAGUUCGAUACUUAGCCAAAAUAACACGGAGAAAAGCAGAAGAGAAAACUUGAAUCACCACCACCGUCACAAACACAGUGGGGAAAGGAGUGACCACAGAUCACAUGAUAAAUCUAUGGUGGUGAUGAAAGGUGCCAGUGUUAGUCAGAGAAGUGGUGGUGCUAGUGAGGACCUAAGUGUUAGUGCUGUCAGUGUGUCAGUUAAUGGAGUUGACAGAAAGGGUAGUAGUGAUAGUGAGUCAUUGAGUGUGGACAUCAGUGCUGGUGCUAAUAGUGAUAAGGACAGAAACAGUGACAGUCAAGAGCUGGAGACAUUUGACUGGCAAAAAACGUUAUUUUUCACUACUAUCAUUGUUAUAAGCAUUAGUAUCAUUGUGCUCAGCGUUUUUAUAAUUAGUCAUAUAAGAAAUAUCUUCACACGGAGGAAACUAAAAAGAGUAGGUGAAACUAUGCCUGAAGAAAGUAGUGGUGAAGUAACAGUGAUGGCACAGCUGCUGUCAGAAAAUUCUACAACCACACCAAGAACCGCGGUUGUCCACAACCGGUAUGCCGGGACGGGUGCAAGAAUUGCUACAAGUACAGCCAUCAUUACAUCAACAAGUGCAGUUAUAACCAGUGGAACGUCAGCACAGGACUCUGAGCGAAUGCCUGGCCAAGUGUACCCACCAAUUCCUUUCACAAUGGACAGGCUGCUGGAACAACGAAGAGUACUGGGUCCUGCUUCAUCAGUUGACACAAAUCUGUACAUUGAGAGUUGGCAGCAGCAGGAUAACCAACCAGCCAUUCAGUUCCCAUCAUCUGCCAGCCCCUUGGUUAGCCACCGGAGUCCUCCACAGAGAUCAGUUUCUGCAUGUCCAAGUCCAGUACCUGUGCGGACUUAUCGACUUGGACCUGCAUCAGCCUCAGCAAGUCCUGUUGUCUCUGCCAGAGGGUUAGGGCCCCCAAGAGGACGUAUGCGAGGAACUUUUGUGUCACCUGCCUACACGUUAUCUAACAGUAGCAGUGGUGUAGCGUUAAGUGGCUGUAGCUCUCUUGCUACCACAUAAUGUCAAGCCAAUUGAGUGUGGAGCAAGGUUAUAAGGUAAGCUAAGGUAACCUUUAGGAAACCAAGAUCAGUCCUUCGGGUAAUGCUACUGAUACUUUGUCAGAUCACAUUCAAGUACUCUUGCCUAACAAAGCAACUUGAUGUGAAGACAGUGUUACACUAUUUUGGCUUUCCCAACUUGGUUUACCCAAGCUAUAAGCUACUCACGUGGCAGCUCAUCCAUGUAGAGGCUUAACCCAUACAACUUUUAACAGCCCAACAGUGUGGUUGUUUAUUCUGUAUUCCACCCUGUGCUCACUUGCUCAUUAUAUACCCCAAAUCAGCUGAUGGAGAACUUAAUAUUGAUUCAGUUGAAAAGGUAUGAAACCUCAUAAUCUGCAAAUUAUUUUUAUGUAAGAACGCCUUCAUAUAUAACUUUUUUCAUUCCCAUGCUCAGACUUGGAAGCUACUUUUCCCAUAGAAAAUACUUUAAUCAAAAUUGUCAAUUGAUAAAAUUGAGAGGAUCGAGAUAAACAGUACAGCUCUAAUCGUAAUGCAAUGUCUAGGCACACAGAUGUAACAAAGUGUUGGGGCACAUAUUGAUUUAUAUGUAUAUAUAGGCUAGAGAGUGUAUUUAUAUGAGAAAUGUAAAUAGACAUUUUUAUUUGUGUGCCAGUGUCUUGAUAGAAGUUUGUGGAUGGGAUGUGUGAUAGUUAAACAAUGCACUGGAUCUAGUGCUACCAAGCAUUAGAUUGGAGUGCACCAAAGCUCAAGUAUCUUUUUUGAGGUUAAACACUGCUCAAUGUUGUAUUCUGGGUAACAAGUGGAAUUUGGUUUGCCCAAAUUUUCUUUGCUCAUAGGUAAACACCAUUAUGCAGUGCAUGGAAUAUAUUUUAUAAUAGUUUUUUGGCAUGUUUGCUUGAUGGGAAAAUGAUGUGAGUAAACAUAUUUCUUGUGCCAUAUCAGGUCAUCCCAUUUUGACAUUAAUUAUAGUGCCAUAAUGUGUGAUACUCUUUUGUCAGUGGGUAGAUGAUACUUAAUCUGAAUACUGUGUUCAGGUCAGCAAAUCUCAGAACUGAAAAGGUUACUCAUUAUCAUCUUAAUAGUGUAUGUGCCUCGUAUGCCACAAGUAUUUUUAACAGCUUGAAGAGAAAAGCAUUUAGCCUUAAUUUCUAUACUCGGAAAGUUUUAAUUGUCGAAUCCUGCAUGAUGUUCUUUUACAUGUUUCAUUCUUCAUUACAAUCUGAAAGUUGCUUUAAAAUACAAAUAAUUUUAUAAUGGCCAUGAGAAGUAGAAUCUCCAGGAAACAGAUCUGUUUUAAUUUUCAGACUAAAUAUAGUAAUCUCCACAUAUGAUUUAUAACCAUGUUCUUCAAUUUACUUGGUUAAAGAUGACAGACACUGUGCAUUAUAAUGCAAAGGAGAGGGGAAAUUAGUACAAAAUUUCAGGAUCACUUCUAGAUUAACUGAAAAAAAAAAUUGGAAUGAAGCCGUGGGAUUACUCUUGGUCUUAGAAAUUGUUUAGUCACUUGCAGUAUAAAUAUCAAUGUCAUUGCUGUUUCAGGCUUUUUGAAUUAGAUGAUAGAUGUUCUACUUGGAAGUAUGAUGAAGUUUUGAAAUUUCCAGUCAUAUUAAACAUGUGUCAUGUUGAAUUAUAACAAUGGAGUAAAGGAUUAUGUAGGUAUUCAUAUACAUGCAUUUAUGGACAUAUAUUUAGGAGUGGGGCAAGAGUAGAUGUUCUUGCCAUUAAUUCAUUAUUAGUAAUUGAUAUAACAUGUAUGAUAAAUUUCCCUAAGAGUUUUUUUUAUCUUCAUAAUAUAUGCUUUUAAUAAUACUGUAUUAAUUAUUGUAAAAUCUUGUGAUUAUCUCUCUUGCCUUGUGGGUUUUGUUUGAAUUGAAAUCACAUUUAAAGUUGAAUUGUUUUCUACACAAAUUGUUCAUAUUUUUAUGUACUGAUUCAUUCACUCAAAUGUUUAAGAAAUAUGUGUGUAUAUGUAUGUAUGUAUGUGUGUAUAUAUAUAUAUAUAUAUAUAUAUAUAUAUAUAUAUAUAUAUAUAUAGUAAGUGA